AUGUGGCGGGUGGCGUGUCGCGAGGCGCGCAAGCAAGUCGCGUCGCUGACCCAUGGGCCCGCGUGUCACGGCGCGCACGGCGCGCCCGCACCGGGCGGUCCUUAUCCGCUGCAUUCCCUCGCGCACGUCGCCCCGCCCACCGCCGUCACGCCGCAUCACGCGCGCCUCAUCCCGUCGCUCGUCGUCGCUCACGGCCCCGCAUCCCUCGCCACCAACGCGACGCGCAUCGGCGCAUGGCGACACGCGUCGCCCCUCGCGCUCACGCUCACCUCCCCCUCGCUCUCCGCUCUCCGUUCCGCCCUCACGCACUCCUCCGCCAGCCUCUCUUCCGCCACCCUCUCCGCCGCCGCCGCUCUGCCCGCCGCAGCCCGCGCAAGCCUCGCCGUCCCCGCGGCAGGCGCGGCGGCAGGGCGGGCGGCAGGCGUGAGCGUGUGGAAGCACUGCGGGCGGUGCUACUACGAGCUCAGCAAGACGCGGCUCAGGUGGGUGGGGCGCGGCUCAGGUUGGCGCUACGCGGCUCAGGUGGGUGCGGCUCAGGUGGGCGCUACGCGGCUCAGGUGGGCGCUACGCGGCUCAGGUGGGUGCGGCUCAGGUGGGCGCUACGCGGCUCAGGUGGGUGGGCGCGCGCGCAUAGGCGGGGAGCUGGCAUGUCCCGUUGCUCUGAAUGUGAAGAUGGCGCCUUUUCCGUUGCUCUCUCGUGUGCCUCACCUCGUCUCGCGCGUAGCGUCCACCCACCACAAACAGCAGCUUCCGCUGCGCACAGCAUUCCCUCUAUUCCCUCCCCUCCUCCUGCCACAAACACCCGUGCCUCCCGCUCACAUGCGCCCCCAACCCCCUGCACCAUAUCUCCCCUCUGCGCGCCUCACACCCCCCAGCCUGCUGGUGGUGGCGACGGCAGCAGCGGGGUUUGUGAUGGGCAGUGGCGACAACGUUGACUGGGCGGGACUUGGAUGGACCUCGCUUGGAACCUUCCUCGCAGCUGCCUCCGCCAAUACGUGGAACCAGGUGUACGAGGUGGCGAAUGACGCCCUCAUGAAGCGCACGCGGGGAAGGCCGUUACCAGCAGGGCGGAUGACCCGGCAGCACGCCAUCGCAUGGGGACUGCUCACUGGGGCCAGCGGCCUCGCCAUCCUCGCAACCCAGACCAACAGCAUGACGGCAGGCCUAGGAGCCGCCAACAUACUGCUGUAUGCAGGCGUGUACACGCCCCUCAAGCAGCUGCACAUCGCCAACACGUGGGUGGGCGCUGUCGUCGGCGCCAUCCCGCCUCUCAUGGGGUGGGCGGCGGCGAGUGGGGGGCUGGACUGGGGGGCGGGGGUGCUGGCAGGGGCGCUGUACCUGUGGCAGAUGCCGCACUUCCUUGCUCUCGCCUGGCUCUGCCGCAAGGACUAUGCUGCCGGGGGCUACCGCAUGCUGUCUCUGGCGGACCCCACGGGGCGGCGCACAGCAGCAGCAGCGCUGCGCAACUGCUGCUACAUGCUGCCGCUGGGACUCGCUGCUGUCUCCC